AUGAUAUGCAAAAUCCUAACGUUAAUCCUUGUGAAAGUGGAGAUAUCUGUUUACAUAAAUCUCCUAAAUCCUGCUUUUGUGGCAUCCCAAUAUGCCAGCGAACGUUCACUGGAAAAGCAACAAUACUCGGUAGUCGUGGCAACCAACGCGCCACUCGGAUUGCGUCUCAACGAAAAGCUAGAAGUAUUGGGGUUCGUUGCUGAUUCUGAGGGUCGGGGUCGAGCUGUGGAGGCUUCAGGUCUAGCAGAGAUUGGGGAUCGUCUUAUUGCUGUAAACGAUAUUUCACUUGAAGGAUAUGGUCUGCAAAGAGCUGUGAAGGAGCUACAAGCGGCACAAUUGCCACGUUCACUGCGUUUUCAAACUCAUAACGAUCGAUACAUCCAGUUCCCACUGACGGAAAGCGUAGUCGACGCAGAGUCAGCGAAGACAAUCACGUACGACCCCAUUGAAAAAGAGACUUUUGACUAUGUGAUUUCAAGUGUUGGCGAUAAGACGAAUGAGCUCAAGCUUUAUGCUGUGUUGUCUAAAGAUGGGUUACCACCAAAUUGUGCCUUCCGAGAGCUGAUUCUUUCUCAGCCUUCCGAUGCGUGUGCCCCACUGUCGAUCGAUGUUACUGAUAAAUAUGUUCUCGUUCCGAGUGUCACUGGAUGCCCGAUGCAUCAAAAAGCUGCAUUGGUAGAAGAAGCUGGGGCCAAGGGUGUUAUUUUCGUUCAGCGUUUGGGUGAAAAGCCAACACGAGUGCGUAUCCCCCCACCAUCCUCAUUGCCACACCCCAUUGAUAUUCCGAUAGUCAUGGUAUCAGCUGAUUCUGGAGCACGCUUACUAGAUCAAAUGGGAGCCGUCCGCCCUGGUGAAAGUCAGCAAAUUCGUUUUGUAUUUACCUCAGCAUGUGCUGUCGACCGAUUUGAAGUACACCCUGGAGACAGUGAUUCAUUGCGUCGCUCUGCCGCCUAUCUCAUCAAAGAUGCGAGUGCAGGAUUCAUGUCCGUGUCCGUGGCUACUUCGGCCGAGCUAGUUACAGACACAUUUGAGUAUUUGAAGCCGGCGGAUUAUAGUUCGGCAAGCAGCGCAGGAGUCAAUAUUCCAGUCGGUAGGCACAACCUCAUUUUCCCGAAUCCAAAAGUGUUUGAUCCAUGCAAAGAUAACCCUACGCGACCUUCAUCGCGCUCAAGCCAAGGAAAGAUAAGAAAUUCAUUUCUUCUUCUUCAGAUCCGAGAUCCGAGGAGCUCUCGCGAAUGUACAUUUAUGCGGCAAUUGGAAUACUAUCAGGCAUGGCGUCCGUCUGGAAUUGUUUUAGGAGAUCAACACUUCCCGCAUGCAGCACAUGCACUUACGACAGCUGUUGUGAUUCAACAGAUCGCAGUACCUGUUGUAUUCAUCUCAAUUCAUGCAUUUCAGAAGAUUCGUCAAAGAUCACAAGAGCUGAAGGCUGCUGUCACAAACAAGUCGAGAGAAAAUAUACGCAUUCACGUCGAGUUUAGUGGCGAAAACGCAAUAGCGCACCAAUGGAAGGAACUUGCUAACCUGGCAGUGCUGUCAAACUGGCCGGCUACCGAGACGGCUCGAGACAGGUUGUUCCACCGCAUGUUAAAGGAUCAAGCCUCGUUAGCUGAUCACGAUUUACAGCUUUCACUUGUUAAAAACGAGCGCUAUGAAGCCUUGGUUGCAUCGUAUUGGCGUGCUCAGCAUUAUUAUAGUGCACGUGCCGAUGAUGCCGCUAACCUCGAUCUACAAGAGGAGAAUGGACCAAGAAACAAAUGGUAA